AUGAGUACAGCUCGCUUGUUCCACUGCACAGAGCUGCAAUGGGCAGACACCUGUAGAUCUGGGGUGUUGAAGGCUGUAUAUCACGGUAGCCAUGGACACAAGGCUGGUUUCGUUCAAGAGACUGCUGGGGCUUUGAAGAAGAAGAGCAUCACUCAGCUUGGUGCUGGGGUGCACCAGAGCGUUGCAGGCACAACGUUCUACCACUUCUUGGAAUGGAUCAGAACAGAACGUCUGACCACUCUGCCACAUAAGGGGAGUCGAUGGGAUCGCGUUCUGAUUAGGGCUCUCUUCUUUGCAGAACAGCUGCACAAUCUCAACAUUGCGAUUAAAGGGUAUGCUCUUGACAGUGACGCCGCGGCCUCCUUGGGAUACGACCAUGCCCGUCUUCUUCUCGAGCUUGGGUCGGAAAACUCCGCAGCUCUUGACCGUGCCUUUGCUGUCUUCUACAAGCUCUCGCUAUCUUUCUCUACGAUCCAUCAGCGCGUGGAGCUACUCGCUCCUACAGCUACCACCGAUGUUCGAGAGCAGCUAAGCCUAAUGUACACUGACUUGUUGUCUCUCGUGGUUGACGUUGCGAUCACCUUCUACAAGGCCGUCAAGGGUAUGUCGACAUCUUCAGUCAGUAUCGACAUCUUUGAGACUUUCGGCGACACUAUCGACAGCUUCCAUAUGCGGAGGAAGCAAAUUGUUGAGUCACUAUGGAACUCCCAGAUCGAAGGUCAAGGCUUGGAGGUAGGCGAACGUAUAGAUAUCGCCAUGAUCACUAGAUGGCUUGCUCCUCAGGACCGGGUGCUUGCAACCCUCAGUCGUGACCAUACUAUCGUUGCGGAAACACAGGCCGAGUUCACCUGUUUAUGGUUUCAAAAGCCGCUCACCAGGUUCAUCAACGGCAAGGAAAACUUCCUCCAUAUCACUGGUCCUCCAGGAUCUGGGAAAAGUACGUUGGCGGGAUCUAUCACAGAUAGACUUCAACGCCCGUUCAACAAGAAGCCAUACGACACCGCAUAUAUUUCUAUCAAUGCUUCCAUUCCAUGUGAAGCUACAUCACUUGCAUUGGUCAAAACACUGCUCUUCCAGCUCCUGAAGUUGAGGGUUGGUAACGUUGCAAUGUACUACUCGUUGGCUUGGGCCUACAGCGAGUCUAUCAACGCCGCCAAUGGCCUUGAAUACGAAGAGCUUCUGUGGAAAGCUCUUGCUGAUAUCCUCAAGCAGCCGAUCGAGGGGGGAAACGACCUUGUCAUCGUUCUCGACGGCAUCGACGAGCUCAAAGGGACUCAAAAGGCAACUCAUACUCUCGAGAAGCUGUUGGAAAUCAUAACUCAAGGAGUCAGGACACGGCUCGUCGUGCUGUCGACGUCGGCAGUAUCGACCUCAGGCCACGGUGCACACUAUGAGAUUACCCAUGGAGACAUCCAUGAUGACAUUCACGCUGUUAUCCUCCGAGCUCUUGUCCACAACCACCAUUUCCACGGCAAAAACCCUCCAGAGCAAGAGACAGUCCUUGACCAUCUUGUCCAUGAGGCGAAAGGGUCAUUUCUGUGGGCCACUAUUGCGUGCGAAUUCCUCAACCUGAGCAAGACCAAUGAGAGCUUCAACAAGACCUUGGAAACCCUGAAGUCAUUGUCGGGUGACGUCCAGGCAUUGGUGUUAAAGCUAUUUGCAACUCUCCAACUAACUAACGAUGCAAAAGUCCUACUCUCGUGGCUGCUAAUUACGGAACGCCCUCUGACAGUCGAAGAGGUUCAUUCUCUCUUCUCUGUAGACAUCCAGCGUGCGACCGUAUCGCAAACUGCUGUUGAUGUCCACUCUACGAUUCAUUCCCUUCGACCUUUCAUUACAACCCAAGAGCACAUCGUACGCUUCAAGCAUUCACUUAUCCAGUUUACCCUCCGAGACCUUGCACAUCAGAACAAGAUCCAGAUACCCGUCAAGGAUAGCAACACUGGCGUUUUAUUGCGAAUCUUAGCCUACGUCAAGGCCACUCUGCGCGAGAAGCGUGCGCCAGUCGUUGGUGGGCUUGAACCCCACCACGCUGACCGUCUUUUCCAUCAACACCAUUUCCUUGAAUACAUUGUUCGCUAUUGGGUCGACCAUUUCCGCCAGACCCCAUUCUACUCUCCCGAUCUUACAGAGUUCAAGCCGUCGCCGGAACUUCAACACGUGUUCCCGGACACCACGACGCUCACACUCUUAGAGCAGAUUUGUUGGGAGUUUCAGCUCCCUGCACUAGAUGCUAUCGACAGGCAUGUACUUGUGGCUCGCAUUCGUAAGGGUGUCUUCACAGAAAACCACCCUACGGUUCUCCAAACGUACUUGACAUGCGCCAGUCUGUACACGACGCUGUCAAGACCCAAUGAUGCACGCUGGUAUCUUUUCAUCUCGACAAAGAUCAGUUGCACUAUCUUGAGCGAGGUCCACCCAGUAACCAUUGAGUGCGCUGUGCGCUUCCUGAAGAUCACAAGUACCCUUACAACCACUACGAGGACUGAGAUCAUGACGCAAAGGGAAGAGCUCCUGAUUGUCCUUAUCACCGCUUAUGAGAGGCAAUACGGUCGCUCCUCCAACCUUGUCAUUCAGACCCGCGAAGCUUUGGCUCAGCUCUACAUUUCCAUCAAGGAGGAAGAGCGUGCACAGGAGAUCUACCGAAUCAUUCAGGAGAUUACUAUCGAGCAUUACGGCAAACACUCCCAUGAAGCCAAAGACCUACACGGACGAUUGAGCGUGGUUCUCGGCAAAGGCAAAGGCGAUCGGGAGCUCGAGACGUACAAGGAUUCCUUUUUCACCGACGAAGAUGACGAAGACAAGACAAUCGAUGUCUUUGACACGCACCAGGUCAUCAUCUGGCUUCGCCGAGCCGAAGAGUACUUCGCUCGUGCAGAUGUCAUUUUGGCCGAAAAGACCUACGUUGAACUAUGGCAACAGAUCUCUCACCGAUGCCGUACCGUGCAGUCGGUCGAAUGGCAUGAGAAGCACCUUGAUGUCACAACAGCCUACUCCCAGUUCUUGAUCUCUCAAAAGCGCACGUCGGAGUCCUCGUCUAUCCUCAUAACUGUUUGGCAACAGUAUGAAACGCAUCAAUUGGCGUACUCCGAAAGCAUCGUGACUCGACUCACGAUCGUCGCCAAAACUCUCAAGUCACAAGGCCAUUAUACGAUAGCUCUGUCCAUCUUCAAGUUUGCGAGCUCGUUUUAUAAGAGCGUGCGCAAGGAGGAGUCAUCUCACUCAACCGAGAUCAGCCGUGAAAUCUCUUCCACUUCGACUGAGUUGAUUCAGCAGAGCCUCAGUAGCACAACGACCAUUACACAAACGACCGGCGCUGUAUCGGACUCUGUCUUCCAAAGUAUCUUCCAGUCUCUCAUCAGUAGCAAGACCCUCGACGUUUCGACAAUUACCUUGGCCAAGAAACUCACGGUUCAGUACGUCGAGCAGCGUAACUGGUCUGCAGCCGUAACUGUCGUCAAAACCACUCUUGAUAGGACUUGGCACUCCUUCUUCUCGGGUUCUGUCCACGAAGUCACCUUGACGACUACCUUCCUAAAGGAAUCUAUCGAGCUCAUCGAAACGUUGGCAGAGGUUUUCCGACAGCAGCGACGUAUCGACAAAGUUGAGGACAUCUACAUUCGCUUCUUCCGAGCUGUUCUCUCUUCGCCGACCACGGACAAAUCCAUCUUCGAGAAGGCCAAAACAUUAUUGGUCACCUUCUAUGACAAACGUGGAUACCCAGACAAUGCGAUCAGCGUUUUCCAAGACGUUCUUGUUGUGUAUAGAAACGUUUUCGGAGUGGCUCACGAGUUGACCAUCCAGACGCUGUACAUACUCGGCUCACGGUGCAAGGCUCAUCCUCGGAACCAUCCAUACUGGAUCGACUACUACCAACAAAUCGUAAACAGCUUGAACAAGGACUCUCAGCAUUGCCAUCACGAUGCUAUGGACGCAAUAAUCAUUGUCGCUACCUCGUACUGGGAAGACCGUCGCUACGCCGAGGCAGUCACGGUGUUCGGAGUACUUUGGAAGACUUUUGUUCUCAAGACCAAGGAGUACAAGCAGUUCACUGAGAGCUCCUUCGUGCAGACUCUUUACGAGCGCUACUUCCAGUGUCUGGAGGAGACUGGCGUCAGCUGGUCAAUUUUGUACAAGACCACGAAAGAGUACCGCGAGACUUCUCUCGCCAUCUUUGGAGCUGAGUCCAUCAUCGUCGCUGAGGCGACGUUGACCCUUGCUCGCGUCACCCAGCGGAGUGAGGAACAUUUCUCUGAAGCUAUCUCGUGGUAUGAGCAGGCUUCCAAGUACAAGUCAAUCUCCACGAGCGUCACGGAAAUUAAGCAACAGCUGUCUUCUUUAUAUGUUCGCCAGCUCAAGUCGACGUCGUCCAGUACCAUCAAGUCGGAGACGUUCGAGCGUGCUAUCACGAUUCAUGAGGAGCGAUUCAGUGAAGUGACGAAGAAGUACGGGUACGCUCACGAGUCGUCGCUCACAGAACUCCGCGAGCUCGUCCAAUUGUACUCUCGACAAAAGAAGACGGAAUUCGCUGUGCGACAGUUGACCACGGCAGUCACGUCCAUCGUGACGCACGAGUCGUCUUCCCAGAGGCUGAUCGAAUCGGCCUCUUACAUCGCAGCUUCAUUCCAAGCUAUCCAGCAAGAGAAGUACUGCACGCAAUUGAUUCGCCAGCUACAUGUUCAGGUUUGCGCUCACGAUAUUCGCCACGUCUCCAAAUGGUCUUUCGAUUUGACAAAGGCAGGCCGUAGGGCACUUGUCUUCGUGGCUUCGCUCGAGUAUAACCUUCGCAGGGAUUUGACAAUCACCUUUUCGGAGAUUCUGGCCGACUUGACUGCCGAGUUCAUCUACUUUGAGGAGUUUAGGCAAGCUUUGGCGAAGGGAAGCGUGCGAAAUCUGCUUGUGGUCGCAGCGCCUCUGCGAACCUUUUUGAUUAGGCAUCACUUGUCCGAUUCCGCUGUCUUUGUGGAGGACGAAGUGCUCCGAAUCUUCAUGAAGCGCGAUGCUGCCGACCUGGACACCCUGAGCAAAGAGUCACCACGUCUAUUCAUCGUGUCCAUCCUGGAGUACUUGGGCAGCCGCAGGAGCUCCAACUUCAACAAGGCCGUAAUCCUGGCCUCCAACGAGCACGUGGCUUCUCUUACUAAGAGCAAGAGGUUCGCCGAAGCUUACGACGUUGCCAAUCUUGCGUUCUUGUUUGCCAGCAACCACGAUGGGUACAACGGGAUACACUCCAUCAGUCAUGGCUUUAAGCUCGCUUCGCUUCUGGUAGGACGGGAAGGCUUGAAGUCGCCCGAUGCCAAUCUUCGCAAGAAGAUGCUCGAGCUCUCCAACCGCAUUGUCAAGAAGAUCCUGGAGAUCACGAAGACUUUGAAGAUCAAUCUAGCUCAAGUGAAAGUCGAGGAGCUGAGCCAUCUAACUGCACUCCUGGGCGAACAGACAGACUACGCCACGCUGGAAUGGCUUCUCACAACGCUCUGGAACACACGCGACGCCCAACGCUCUUGGCCUGCCGACGUCCUAGUACGUCUGGGCCGCCGCCUCGUCUGCGCACGCUACCUCGCUGGGCACACCGUCAAAGCGAUACGUCUCUGCGAAGACAUCGCCUACAACAUGCGUCGUGCACACGGCCCCAGGGCUCCCGUCACCAUCGAGACGUAUGAGCUUCUCGCGCAGCUAUACACCAGCGCUGGCCUGACGUACCAAUCCAAGGCUGGAACAGAGAAGACGGGCGCGCUGGCUGCAGAGCAUUUCAAGAAGGCGCUCAUCGUGCACGAAGACAUCCUGCGGCUCCUCGUCCAGGACGACGAUGCGGAUGACGACUCGGACGACGACGACACGGCUGCGGCGCUGCUUGCGGAGCACCACAGCAGCGUCAAUGGCAGCGUGGAUGGCCGCUUUGCGUCGUCGUCGUUGCUAGAUCAGUCCACUGCGUCCAUCUCCAACAAGCCUGCCCUCGCGCUGCGCCAUUUGCACCUAUUGAAGCUGGCGUUCCAGCGCGUGGGUGGAUGGCCGAAGCCGCGUGCAGAGUAUGAGCGUUUGAAUGCGAGUUUGUUCAGGGAGUUUGGGGGUGAGGAGGCGUGGAAGGGGGCGCGGGGUGUGGAGACGUGGAGCGCAAAGGGGUUUGGGGUGGGCAAGGCGGAGAGCGGAGAGGGCGUGUUUGGGGAGCUCGCGACUUUGUCCGGCGCAAGCCCUUUGUCUUUCGUACUCUCCACACCAUCCGCGCAACUACCUUUUCACACAACCCUACCAAAAUGGCUACGCCGCGACGCUCCACGCGCCUCGGCUCUACCGCGCGCUCCAUCGCGUCUCAAUCUGCUGCUUCGGCGGUUGUCGUCACCCAAGACACCCCACAACGCGGCCCAGGUCGCCCGCGCGCCCUGCCCAAAGUCGCGUCGCGCCAGUCAACUGCAUACGGCGCAAGCGGUCGCAUCGGUGCCGCGCAAGAGCUGGCAGUGCCGAAAACCGGAUUCGCCGACGCCUUUGAGUCGCAACGAGGCGCCGCCAUCGCAAGGACCUCAGAGGAGCGCAGCGCGCGCAGCAGUCCCGCAGGACGCACACCGUCAAGAAGAAGCGAGCGGGGUACCCCAUCGCAGAUGGACUACGAGAGCGAAGACCCUCCGAGCGAAGACGAGUCGGAGGACGAGGAAGAUGUCAGCAACGAAACCUCCAAAUCUUACGGCGUCGAAGCCGGCAUGCUGCGCGGACCAACACCCACAAACCAGACCCCAGCCCGGCGAGAUCGCACCGCGACUCCCGGCACAGCUGUCACGAGCAGCUAUGUUGCGACCAGCUCUGUCACAACCCGCACACUCCGUCCGGAGCCAGCCCGCGUGUCGCCUGCUGGCCCUAUCAAUGCGCUACCCGCCGAGAGCUCGACACGUCCUCCUCUCCGAGAUGCAGCAGCAGCCGGAGCUGCCUCUCGCUUUCCAAUCGCCAGGCCGGGCCAGGAUUCAGCUGCUGCUAGCCUCGCUCCCCGAGCUCCUGCCGUGA